CGGCGCGGCCCGCGCGGGCGCUGCACUGCGGAGGCUCUGGCCGGAGUGGCCGGGAGCGGUGGCCAGCGCCGAACCGAGGGCUGCCGCCCGCCGGUGGUGACCAGCUUCGAGGACGAGGGACAGGGCCCACUGGACCCCACCCGCGCCUCCAGCUCAAACUGGAGAAAGAGAAUAAAAGCAUCCAGUAGAAGACCUUGGACGUCAGGAAGCGAAUUGGGAGAGGUGCCUGAAGAAAUGGAUGCUAGAAGAAAACACUGGAAGGAGAAUAUGUUUGCUCCUUUCUUUAGUGCCCAGGAUGUUCUAGACCAGCCUGAAUCUUCUUCUGAACAAAAGACUUCAGAGAAGACCAAGAAAAUGGAAGGAGUUUAUAAUUUGUCUAGCAGAAAGUUUCAAGAAGAAAGUAAAUUCAAGAGGAAAGAAUUUACUUCCCAACUAAAUGAAAAAGGACAAGGACCAAAUUUAAGAGCGAGAAAGAUAAACAUUUCAAAGAAUGAAGCAGAUGCAAAUUCUGCCUCCUGUGAAGCAUCUAAGUUGGGUGUUGCAGCCAAAGAAGGCUUGAAUAGCACAGAUGGUCAUUCCACCUGGACUACAAAGGAGUUACCAACUCCACCGCGACAAGACAAGAAGGACAAGAAGAAGAAAUUUACCAAAGGAAUGUCUCCCAAACUUCGCCUGAAUCUUCUGAAUGAAGAACUGGAAGAGCUAAAGAUGAAAUGCAAAGAAAUAGAAGAGGAAUUUGAAAAUGCUGAGAAAGAACUUUUGAACUCCAAAAGAGUAGUCUCCGCAAAACACCUAAAUUUUCAAGGAACAGGGAUGGAAACUUCGAAGAAAGACUGGGAACUUCAAGCUUUAAGAAAUGACCUAUCUGAAAAAGCAAUAAAUGUCAAAAACUUAACUGAAGAGCUCCAACAAGCCAAAGAAGUCAUCCACAAGUUGAGCCUGGAGAACAGAGAUUUGAAAGAAGCUGUUAGGAAGUUAAAGCGUCAGACUGAGCUGGGCAAUGCACUCCUAAGGGAAGAAAUGAAAUUGUAUUAUGAAUUAGAAAUGGAGAAGAUCCGUGGAGAGCUUGAUGCCAUCAAGAAUGAACUGCGAGCUGAGAAGAUCCUGCAAGCAAGAAAUAAUAGGGCUCUGGAGUUGCUUCGAAAACACUUUGCUUCUGUAACAUCAUCAAGUGCCCUUAACAGCUUUACAGGGGAUUUGUUUUAAAACUUAAAAAAAAAGCCUUUCAUUAGGCAAAUCAUUGAGCCAAAUCAGUGUUCCUUGUGCUUUCUUUGUGUACUACUUAAAGUGUGUGUAAUGGGACAUAAUUUUCAUUUUUGGUGAAUCCGAGUAUCUGUAAAACGUAUAGAUGUUAACUUCAAAGCUUCUGCUUUCUAAUGAAGCUAUUGUGAGAGUCCAAAUGAAAACGAAGCGUCAGAAGCCUUUUUUAUAUAUAUUUCACUCAAAGACAUGUAGUGAUUCGAUUCACCAAAUCAUUUAUGAAUACAAAUCAACAGCCAUUUUGUGAUCUUGUGAGCAAUGUGUCCUUGGCACAUGAAUAUUCUUCCAUCAGUGUUCAUUGAUGUUAACAAUAAAAAUCUUGUUUAUGUGUAUAAGCAUAA